ACAGAUCCGACUGUGGACAACUUCUUAUUUCUGAAAGAGCUCGUCAAGACUCGGGAGACGCAACGAAAGAGCGUUGGAGCAAGAAACUUCAAGCCUCCAGUCUAGAGAAAUAACUACCUAAACUCUUCAGCUGCUGAAAAUGGCCGUCAUGCUGAAACCCUGGACCGUUGUCGCCACUGUCCUCAUCUGUGUGCUCCUGUGUCUCGGGACUUUUGUGGACGCUUAUCCGCCUAAACCGGAGAACCCUGGAGAUGACGCUGCUCCGGAGGAACUCGCCAAAUAUUACACCGCGCUGAGACACUACAUCAACCUCAUCACGAGGCAACGGUAUGGGAAAAGGUCCACUUCGGAAGAUGUGAUGGCAGAACUGCUGUUCGGGGAUGACACAGAGCACAAACAGAGAUCAAGAUACGACGACUCUUUUAUGUGGUGAAGUUCAGGGACUUUCAUGUGGCCUGUCCUGAGCUAAACCCACCUGUGCCUCCCACAGAAAACCUUCAGACAACUAUAUGAGAACCAGUCGCCGUCAGACAAGCUCAUCAACCUCUUGAUCAAACGCAUCCUCGUUUUUACAUUUUGCUUUCACGAGCACUGAACAAAUCUCAUUAACAAAUGUAAAUAAUAUAUUAUAAUAGAAACUAUCACUGGAAAUGUAUAUGUGUAUACUUCAUUGUGUCAUACAAAAAUUAUGUUUGUUUUUUAUUUUGAAUGUAAAUUAUUCUAUGGGAUUAAAAGUUUAUUGGAUGAAUCUGGCUA